CAUCUGCCGGCCAGAUUGCUGGCUUAUCCGGCAGCGCUGCGUGCUCUCCGACGCGCGCGCCGAGACCUCUCGCUGAGCGGCUGACGCGAGGGCCGAAAAGCCGCGCGCUGCGAAGCCCAAAUCAGUGGACCACUCUGCAGCUAACAAGACGCGGCGCAGCGAUGGCGGAAGUGAUAGAUUUGACGCAGCUGGACGAUGCGCCGCCGCCGCCGCCGCUGCGGCAAAAGAAAAAACGAGCCCGCGACGAGGACUCGGACGACGACGUCGAGAUCACGCACGUGGAAAAGCGCGAGCGCAAGGCCACGACGGGCAUCUCGACGGACGAGGCAGCCGCCGCGAAGCAGCGCGAGACGGAGCGCCUCGAGAAGACGCCGGCGAUGCGCCGCGGCGGCGUCGGCGCGCCGAAGUCGCCGCUCGAGACGGCGGAGGCCAAGUGGCGCGCCGCCGGCGAGAACGCGAAGUCGCGGCUGGUUCGGAAGCUUUUCCGCUGCUGCGUCGCGCGCGGGGCCCUCGAUCAGUGGCGGUGGAAGCGCGACCGGCCGGACGAGCCGCUCUGGGACAUGCUGGCGGCGUGCGCCGACGAGUUCUGGGGCGCGGUCGAUCAAUCCGUCGUGAACGGGAUGUUCGCCGACCCUGUCUUUCUCGAGGGCGAACUCUUGUUCCUGGGGAACCGGCUGGCGCUCUACGCGGGCCGCAACGCGGUUGCCGAGGCCUUCAGCAAGAUCGAAUCGGUCGACGGCGCCGACGGCGUCGAGUGCGGCAUCUGCUGCGACACGUUCGCGCUGACGGACUCGGUGCCGUGCGAGGGUGACGAGCUCCACUGGUUCUGCAAGCCGUGCUUCCGGAACUACCUGACAGUCACGGGCACGAAGGGCGCCGGCGCCUCCCAGGUCAAGUGUCCGAGCUGCAAGGCGCUCGUCGGCACGGACCACGUCAAGGGGUGCCUGUCGGCGUGGGAGCUCGAGGACCUCGAGGCGCGGGCGGCGGAACGCGACGCGGCGGUGGCGCUGCGUAGUGAUGUGGCCGCGCGGCUGGAGUGCGUCUGCGGCGCGCGCGGCGUCGUGCUGAAGGGCGACGAGCCCGAGGACGGCAUUGUCCAGUGCCCGGGGCUACCGGGCAAGCCCUGCGAGCGGUCCUACUGCAUCAAGUGCGGCGCCCACGCGCACCCGGGCAAGCCGUGCGAGGACGUGGACGAGGGCGAGGACGUGCUCAAGUCCCUCGGCUCCGACACGAAGCGGUGCCCGGCCUGCGGCAACGGCAUCACGAAGGUCGGCGGCUGUAACCACGUGUUAUGCGCGCCGCCGGGCGGCUGCGGCAAAAGCUUUUGCUUUAUUUGUCUGCAGCCGCACGAGUCCCACGACCCGGCGAAGUGUCACGGCGGCCAGCGGGCGCACGACCUGAUGAUGGCGCACCGACCCGAGCAAGAAGCUGAGACUAUGCGGCGGCACGCGGCGGCGCAGCUCGACGCGCGGCGCCGGGGCGUCGCGCCUCCUCAGUUGCAGUACGUCCCGAUGCCGCCGGCGCCGCGCGCGCCGCGCGCGCUGCUCGACUUCCAGGCCGCGAUCGCGGGCGCGCGGGCGCGGCUCGCUGGGCAGCGGCGGCCGCCGCCCCCACAGCGGUUCAUCAAUCUACGGUGUCCCGCGGGCGCGCGCCCCGGCAUGAACGUCGAGUUCACCGAUCCCGACCCGCGGGGUCGCGGACAGCGGUACUCGGUCGUCGUGCCUGCUGGAGUUGCGGUUGGUCAGGAGUUCCGCGUGCCGUUGCCUGGAUUUAUGCAGUGAUCUAAGUAUAUUGUUGACUAC